GCCGGGGGCUUCCGUUGCCUCCUUGGUGGCCUAUAAAAGGUGAGCAGCCAGGCAGGCCUCACCUCACUCCCAGGCAGCCCUGUCACCACACUCAAAGGACAGCAAGCCAUACUGUCCCUGUGGGAUCCAGUCUCCAGUGCAUCACUGAGGAAUCCAGAAGCAUGGAACUGAGGGUGUGGCUUCUGUGCUUGCUGCUACUAGGCUCAGUCCUCCCAGGAGCUUCCAGCCAAGCCCACCAGCACUCCAUGGAGACGCGCACCCCUGACAUCAAUCCCGCCUGGUACACGGGCCGUGGGAUCAGGCCUGUGGGCCGCUUCGGCAGGAGGAGGACAGCCCCGAGGGACAUUGCCAUCACCGAGCCGGGCCUGCGGUGCCGGCUCAGCUGCCUCCCGGAGGAUGGAAGCGCCAAGUUCUCUCAGCAUGGAUAACAGCUCAGCUCAUGAAGACAGUGAUGCUGAGCCCAACCCCACCCUCCCUCUCCCCUGCGGGGCCUCCCUUCCCUCUCCUCUGCUUUCCCUCUACUCUAAUAAAAGUGAUG